CCACCUCUUUACCAAUGUACUUUUAGGUUUAUGCAGUUGAAGCCAGUGAUAUUGCAGAGUACACUCAACAAGCUGUAGAAAAGAAGUGCAUGGCGAGAAAGAUUACAGUGCUACAUGAUUUUGCUGAAAAUGCGAAAAUUGAAGAUGAUGUGGAUCUUAUUAUAUCUUAAUGGAUGGGUACCAUGCUACUGGCCAGUCUGUUUUACGACUCGAUAUAAAGACAGUUAUCAUAGAGAGCUUAGCGAACAUAGAAUGUAAAUUUGAAUUUGUCAUUGACCAAGGGGAUACCAUUCAUGACUUUUGUACCUGGUUUCAAGUCGAGUUCUGUCCCAUGAGUGAAGACGUGGACACUGUGAUACUCAACACUGGACCAGACAAUGAGCUGACCCAUUGGAAGCAGAAUCUGUUCCUGUUGAAUAGUCCGGUACGAGUAAAUGCUGGUGACGUCAUAUCCAGGACUCUUACGAUAUCUCACAAUCCUGAACACCGCAGACACCUCAGAGCUUUUUUUUAUUUUACGUGCAUACCUGGAUCAGAGUAG